CGCGGACUAGUUAGUUUGCAGCCGCUCUUGCGCUGUGCUGUUCGCUGAGUGCCGCUCGCUUGCGUCUGGUCGCGCGAUGCCCGUGGACCUCAGCAAGUGGUCUGGGCCCCUGAGCCUGCAGGAAGUGGACGAGCGCCCGCAGCGCCCGCUGCAGGUCGCAUACGGCGGGGCGGAGGUGGACGAGCUGGGCAAAGUGCUGACCCCCACUCAGGUGAAGGACCGCCCCACAAGCAUCACAUGGGAUGGUCUAGAUUCAAGCAAACUCUACACUCUGGUGCUGACAGACCCAGAUGCGCCCAGCAGGAAAGACCCCAAGUUCAGGGAAUGGCACCAUUUUCUCGUGGUCAACAUGAAGGGCAACGACAUCAGCAGUGGCACCAUCCUCUCCGAUUAUGUGGGCUCUGGGCCGCCUAAGGGCACAGGCCUCCACCGCUACGUCUGGCUGGUCUACGAGCAGGCCCGGCCUCUGAAGUGUGAUGAGCCCACGCUCAGCAACCGCUCUGGAGACCACCGAGGCAAAUUCAAGGUGGCGUCUUUCCGCAAAAAGUACGAGCUCGGCUCCCCCGUUGCUGGCACGUGCUACCAAGCUGAAUGGGACGACUACGUGCCCAAGCUGUACGAGCAGCUGUCGGGGAAGUAGGGCCAGCAGGGAUGUGCAGACUGGUCCCGAGGCCCCAGCUGUGUUCUCCGAUUCAGUGACGCAUGUCGAUGCCUCCUCUUCCUCCUCCUCCUCCUCCUCUUCCUCCUCCUCCUCCUCCUCCUCCCUGUUCCUUCCCAUAGGUGAGACUUGAAAGAUCAGAGAGUAGUUUAGCUAAGGUGACUUUCCCUUGUACUUCCGGCUCACAGUCCCCGCUCAUGGGUUCACCACAUUUGAACUCCCUUCAGGGUGAUGUUUUGGGACUCUUGAUGAGGCCCACCAAAUUGUUCCUUAUGCAAAUAGCAACCCAGAAUUUAAAGACGAGAGAAAUAAAAUCCAGGGAAAGAGACCAGCUCUGUAGUGAUAGAGCAAACUUGACCCUUGAAAGCAAACCGCUGUGUCUGGCGGGGAGGCCCGGCUGUUGGGAGCAGUGGAGUACUGAGCGAGAGCUGACCGUGGGCCCCUGAAAGCCGUCCGGGCCUGUUGGCUCCAUCCCCUUUCACGGGUGUCAGUCAAGCUGGUCGGGGGUUGCUGACUGUAGUGUUCGUUUUUGCUGUUUCCGUGGAGCUGAAUAAAAAUAAAACUCUGAAUGGACUGA